CUUAAAGCCCUCUUUUCAUGGUCCGCCAUUAGGAGUGUGCCUGUGGUGGGUUGAACGCCAAAAUGCAAAUUUUCGUAAAAACCCUCACGGGGAAGACCAUAACCCUCGAGGUUGAGCCUUCAGAUACUAUUGAAAAUGUCAAGGCAAAAAUCCAAGAUAAAGAGGGUAUCCCUCCAGACCAGCAGAGGUUGAUCUUUGCAGGGAAGCAGCUUGAAGAUGGACGCACACUCUCUGACUACAACAUUCAGAAGGAAUCUACUCUGCACUUGGUGUUGAGGCUGCGUGGUGGUGCCAAGAAGAGGAAGAAGAAGUCUUACACCACCCCCAAAAAGAAUAAACAUAAGAGGAAGAAGGUCAAGCUUGCUGUGCUGAAGUACUACAAGGUUGAUGAGAAUGGUAAGAUCCACCGUCUGAGGCGCGAGUGCCCAGCUGACGAGUGUGGUGCUGGCGUUUUCAUGGCCAGCCACUUUGAUAGGCACUACUGUGGCAAGUGCUGUCUCACCUACUGCUUCAACAAGCCCGAGGACAAGUAGAAAGGGGAUUGGCUCCAUGGUGUCAAAAUAAAAACGUUAAAAAUCC